AACCCGGAUGAGGCUGAGCUUCCGGGGUCUGUAGCUGCAGCGCCGGAUUAAGAGCAGGAUCAGCUGAACUACAGAAGUUCUCAGUUUCUAGUGAGACCAGAACGGAAUUAAGAGUGUCUGAACAGUGGGAAGUCCUUAUAAUGGCACUAAACAGGUGGCUGGAAGACCACCAGCAUCCCCCUUUUAUGAAGUGAAAAUAUUCUCCUGAAAUUCAUCACCAACAACCAGGAUAUUUAUCCCAAGAUCAAAGUUAAACUGCUGAAAGAGGUGAAGCACAAGCAAUCCUGAAGAAUCUCCAGAACACGCAGAAAUUGUUUGAUGCAGACAAAUAAAGCAAAGUCCUGACAUGGAGAAUCAUCAGCACUCUGUCAAGAGUUUUACUAAACAGAGUGAUCUCAAAAAACACCAGCGCAUUCACACAGGAGAGAAACCGUAUCACUGCUCAGAUUGUGGGAAGAGUUUUAUUAAAGAGAGCGAUCUAAAAAAACACCAGCGCAUUCACACAGGAGAGAAACCGUAUCACUGCUCAGAUUGUGGGAAGAGUUUUAUUGAACAGAGUAAUCUCAAACGACACCAGCGCAUUCACUCAGGAGUAAAACCGUAUCACUGCUCAGACUGUGGGAACAGCUUUAAUCAAGAGGGUCAUUUCAAACGACACCAACGCAUUCACACAGGAGAGAAACCGUAUCAAUGCUCAGACUGUGGAUCGAGUUUUAAUAGACUGGGGACUCUAAAACUGCAUCAGCGCAUUCACACAGGAGAGAAACCGUAUCAGUGCUCAGACUGCGGGACGAGUUUUACUGUACAGGGUAAUCUCAAAAUACACCAACGCAUUCACACAGGAGAGAAACCAUAUUACUGCUCAGAGUGUGGGAUGAGUUUUACUCAACACGGUCAUCUAACACUGCACCAGCGCAUUCACACAGGAGAGAAACCGUAUUACUGCUCAGACUGUGGGAGGAAUUUUAAUCAUCACAGUAAUCUCAAAAAACACCAGAGCAUUCACACAGGAGAGAAAACGGUGUCAAAUCUGUUUAAAGGCAAUUAAAAGUGCGAAUCUUUUAGACAGAACACCUUAUCCUGCACAAAUGUUUCAUCUUGUCACUUGGGACACGUUCCACCAGAAACAAACAUGAACUGAAUUUAACAAUGGAUUUUACAGGUUCAGCAAAAUGACUCUUAUUCAUGGAUGAUGUUCAUAGAAUUUAAUGUUAUGUUUUCUCGUAUGUUUGAUAUUCCAGGACAUUCUUCGUGAGACAGAGCUCAGUUUUAAGGGUAGUUAUGUUAUGAGUUUAGUUCUGAAGAAGGGAAGGUCGUUCAAGCGAGGGCACUGCCAGAGCUUGCUCCAGAUGUUAGAUUAGCAUAACUUAGUCUUUAAAAUUUAGAUGUCGUAGUUGUUAGGAGUAGAGUACGAUUCUUAAUUUUCUGUAAACAUUUCAGUGCUUGUGCUUAGAAGGUUUUGAAUGCAUUUAAUCUUUUUUCUAGUAUAUACAGACUUUAUUAUUUCCAUUAAUUUCUAAUACCUCUGUUUUUACUCUGUGUUAGUUCCCCAAGAUUAGCAUAGUGUAGCUUAAUGCUAUUAACCGACAGGCCCCUCUGUAUGAAAGGAGAAACACCACCUGAGGAACUCCAGAGAGUUUGCUCCCAGAAGUGAGACCCAGAGCCACAGAGAGACGACACUGUGCCAGGUACUUUCGUGUUGACCGGAGGAGCAUCCAGACCCCGCAGAGAGGCCAACAAAAUCCUUUCCAGAGGUUAAUUAAAAUGCUCCAGCUGUAGUUCCCAUACUGAAAUCAACCCACUCCAGGCUUGUGUAGCGCAGUAAGGUUGCAGGCUCAUUCACUCCCUCUGAUGGUGUUCUCAUUUGUCUAUGGUUCAGUCUGAUUUAAAAUCUGUUAGCAUAGAGGGAUAUAGAGGGAUAUUUGGUAGUGUUUUAAUACUCAAGUUUUAUACUCUCUAAUCAUUCCCUUAUUGAGUAUUAUAUGUUGCUGAAGUUUUUUUAUCCUCCAAAUUUACUAAGAAUAUCUAAAUCAUAAAGUUUCUUAAUAGUUUUUUUUCCAGUACCAACAAUUAUGUUUGUAUUGCUUCACCUCUAUAUUUACUCAUCUCUGUGGUUUUAUAAACGGCUUUUAUAUUGCAGAUCUGCAAUCUCAUUGUGUUUUCUCAACAUAUGUUUGACAUGAAACCUAUAGGCCUGAGAUUUUUUAUGUUAUUAUUUGUUAAAUACAGUGUGAAAUGGAUUUGGGUUCAAAUGAAACAUAUUAGGCAUUUUCACAUUGAAUUUCAGAAAGAAAUUGAUUUAAUGGUUCAGGCUUUAAAGGGUUAGAUAUACAAUUACUUCCAAUGGUAGAGUAGCAUGUGUGUUUAGUGUGUAUUCAUAUGUUUUUUGUAAUUGUGAAUGCUUGUGGUUUGUGUUGUUCUGUUUUUUGAAGAGCAUAGCCAUUUACCAAUUACACUUAAUUACCAAAAUCUA